AUGACAGAUAUUUUCGAUAUAAGAGAUGACUGUAAUAUGUCAAAAAAAUACGUCGCAACUAUAUUGUUUUCUCUAAUGCUGCUGUAUGGUAUUGUUGGCAAUAUACUAUUGAUGGCGAUAUUCUGUUGUUGCAACAACAUGUACAGUCGUCCAUUCAUCUGUAUCGCAUUUCAAAUUAUUAUUUGCAGCUUUUUGAAUUUUUUUACACAAGUAAUUAUUGUCAUACCUGAAAUAGUAAAGAAGAAAAUUUCUUAUUCAUAUAAAUCAAUAAUAAUCCAGAGAAUAUUUGCUUCUAUGAAUACAGUUUCAUUUUUUGGUAUAUUGCAUUUUACAUUUCUAUUGACGGUUAAUCGCUUUGUGGCCAUAUGUUUACCAAAAUACAAUGGUAUUUUCGAAUCAAUAAAGCUAUAUUUUCUCCUCAUCUGCGCAUGGUUUUCAGUUUUCGGUUUUUCGGUUACAGAAUUUAAUUACUGCAUUAAAUCUUUCAAUGUUCCAAAUUUGCAAUGGUCCUUAAAUUGUACCAAUAACAUAUCAGAAAAUGGUGAAGUGUUUAAGAAGAUUCGUUAUGUAUGGACGCUUGCAUUACCCGUUGCGAUGUUUGUGAUAUACAUUGCAAUAUUCUGCAACAUUCGCCACAGACGAAAAAGUAGUUUGGAGUUGAGCAAAGAAAGCGUCAUCCGCUUAAGAAUAUUUGCAGGAUAUAAGGCAAAGAUAACUGAUAAAUACGAGCGAUUGAUGCUAAUUCAAUCAGCAAUCGUUUGUGGUGCACUUGAAAUUGAAAUUAUUUGUUUCUAUUUCCUUUUUCAACUUGCAGUGAAAUUAGGAGGCAAAAAAGUUGAAAUCCCCGUCAAUAUUUUCAUCAAUUGUUAUGUGAUUUUCAACGGUGCAUUACUGCCCACCCUCAAUUUAUUUUUUGUCAAAGAAUUUCGUAACAGCGUGAGACGAACAGUUGUAGAAUUGUCAUCCAAAUUUACAAACAAAAAAAAAGCGGCUAUCGUACCAGCUAUAGUAGCUACAUAA